AUGAAGCAGUAUUCCAUUCAAAGGUUUUUUUCUUCUUCUUUCUGGACUUCAGGUGAUGUGACCCCUGCUCUGAUGAAUCCUCUCUCGCAGUUACACUCCAUCCCUCUGGCAGAAGGAAUAUGCCAUGCCAUAUCAGACAUGAAUGCAGAUCAUGUGAUGGUCACACAAGAAACUUUAAUGGAGCAGUUAGUGAAAAAUUAUCCAGGCAUUGCAGCUCCCUCCCACGAUAUCUUAUAUAAGAUCCUUGGCACUCUAAUUAAAGAAAGGAAAAUCUAUCACACAGGAGGAGGAUACUUCAUUGUGACUCCCAACACAUACUUUACCACAAAUGAUGCCACAGAAGACAAUAGAAGGGUCCUGAUAGAGAACAGUUGUUGCUGUUCAUCGCCUUCCAUCACUUACCUGGUAAACAUUAAGUGCUGUGCACACCUAGGGAAAGAAAAAAUGCCUACAGUCUCCCAUUACAGAUCCUGCCAUUGUUUCCCUGACCAGAAUAUGCUCUGUGAACAAAGACAGCCGCAGCCAAUGAACCAUGGACCUAAUGACAGAGUUAAGAAAGGCUGCAGUGAGUUGAAGCCUUCAACUCAAACUCAAGGGAUCUCCACAUCUGCUGAAAACACUGUCUGGGACACCAUCAAAUCCCUGACGUCUGUGAAAGAGAAACUGAAAAGCAAAAGGUUUGGCCUUGGCCUCUUCUGGAGAGGUGCCUCUAUAAAAGGAAAAUGUAAGGAGGAGUACUCCACUUUUUCAGCCCAGUUUCCUCCCAAGGAGUGGCCAGUCAGGGAUGAAGAUGACUUAGGUAAUAUUCCACGUGAUAUUGAACAUGAAAUCAUCAAGCGUAUUAACCCCACUCUUACAGUGGAUAAUUUGGUUAAACACACAAUAUUAAUGCAGAAGCUUGAGGAGCAGAAAAAAUAUUUUGUUAAGGGUACCUCAGCUGAAGUGUCAACAGUCAGGCAAAAGCAUCUUCAAAAGAACACACCAAAAGAUGCCAGGAAAACCAAACCAAAGAAAGAGCAGCAGAUUAGCGGAAGCAAGAGGAAAUCUCACGUACAUGAGCUACCAUCCCAAAAUGAGAAACCGGAUGAGAAUCUUUCACUGCCUUUCAGAAGCCAACAGCCAUCUGAUGUAGCAGUGGAAUCCCAUGUCAUCUAUAAAAAACAAAUUAAAAACCCUUUCCAGGGUCUGUCAUGGAGACACAACUUCAAUGCCAAAGGGUACAAAGGUACUAUCAACAGUCAGCUGAGGUCCAGGACUCGAAAGCAAGAAAGGGCUUUACAGAGGCCACAGUCCUUGGACUCUUCAAUCACCUUUGACUAUGAAACUGAAGAGCUGGCUACUGAAAUGCAGGCUGACAAAGCUAAGCAAUAUGAACUACUCCACACUAACAGGUCUCCCCUCCAACUAAAGAAAGUCAGUUCUGGAAACUUUAGUUAUCUACAAAGCAGUACUUUGCACAUAGAUAACAGAGGUGAAUACUUUGGGGAGAGUAAUAUUUCUGAAGAAAAUAUCUACAGGAAAACAGUCAAAAAGAAUCCUAGGGAAAAUAGAAAAUAUCCUGACUCCUGCACUGAAGGUAAUGACUUGUGCAAAGAAGAUGCAAAAAUGCCACUACACCGGAAAGAUGAGUGUGGCAGGUGCAAAGCUGACACCGUAUGUGAGUUAUUAGAUCAAACCGCAAACGAAUUUCAAAACGUCAGUCUUUCAAAUUAUACAGCCAACGGUAACCUGGCAAGAGACACUGAUGGGAAAUAUAGACGAAAGACUGAUAAAAAGGGUGAACUUAUGUUUAAAAAUGACUCUGCCAGCUGUUCUGGAUCAAUGAAGCUGGAAAAUGAAGGAUUUCUUGGUAACUGCUGUCAUCAAGGAGCACGUGAUGGUUACACCUGUAACUCGUUGUAUCUGAACGACAAUUUUGAAGGCAACAAACCAAGUCACCCGCCUCCUGGCCACACUUUGUCAUACAAAGCAGACUGGAGUAAAGCUGUGAAAAAGGUGGGGACAGCUGUGUUCCCCAAAAACUGUAAAGUUAAUACUUACCCUGCCCAGCACAACUCAACCGUAAGGAAAUGUGGUUCUGGAGAGCACAGAUAUAAGGAAAGUGCUGACUUUGCAGAAUUAGUAGAUGUCUCAAAAGUGCAUCCAAAACCAAACUUCACCAAGGAAGGUUUGUGUAGUCAGACUCUUCCAACAGGUCACAGAAAGGAAAAAACUGGCCUUACUGAACAUCCAAAGGCUUCAGCUGUGGCAGAUUUCUGCCCUGCUAAUGAGGCUGACUUGGAUGCCGACACUUUGCAGAACGUCAGCUAUGAGAUGGGCGAAGCAGUGGCAUGCUGUGCUUUGGGCUCACAGACUAAAGGAACCAGGAAUGUUGUGGGGAAAAAAGAUCUGAUUUUUAACAAUGCAUGUACUGUGAUAUCAGGACAGAAACACUCAGAAGGGACAGAAAACCACAGCAUUACAGGAGACAGUGGAAUUGACUCCCCAAGAUGGACUGAAAAGAAGAUGAAGCUUCCUGCCAAAUUCUGA